UAUAAAAAGAAUUGUCAUUGCCGAUAAAUCAAAAAUAUUUGCAUUUAGUUUUUCUGAAUAAGUUUUGUACUGAUAUAGAUAAAAUAAAAGUAGGAAAAGAUGGAUACAAUUUUGGGUAUAAGAGGUCCUACGUUUGUGAUGCUGGCAGCCGACACAACACAAGCUAGAUCUAUUGUGGUAAUGAAGCAAGAUGAAAAUAAAAUACACAAAAUAUCCAAUAAUUUAAUGAUAGCUACUGUUGGCGACUCGGGUGACGCUGUUCAAUUUACGGAGUUCAUUUCCAAGAAUAUAGCGCUUUAUAAAAUGCGCAAUGGCUACGACUUGAGUCCAAAGUGUGCUGCGCAUUUUACACGCAAAAACCUGGCUGACUACUUGAGAAGUAGUGCUCCCUAUCAAGUUAAUAUGUUGGUAGCCGGUUUCGACCCAAAGGAGUCUCUGCCAGAAUUACAUUAUAUAGAUUACUUGGCUAACGCUAAAUCCGUGAAAUAUGGGGGUCAAGGUUAUGGUGGGAUGUUUUGUGCCAGCGUAUUUGAUCGUUACUAUGAUGACAAGAUUACACAAGCGGAAGCUUAUGAAGUACUAAAGAAAUGUGUUGCCGAAAUACAUAAACGUUUGAUUAUUAAUUUACCAAAAUUUAAUGUCGCCGUUGUUGAUGAUCAAGGAGUCCAUAACCUAGAGCCGAUUACUGGCAAAAAUUUAGAACAACUUCAAUGAGGCGGUAUUAAUACGACUGCCAAAUUUAUUUUUAAAUAAAUCGCGGCGGGUGUUUUAAAAAAUA